AUGAAGAGCAUUAUUCUGCUGGUUGUGAGUAUGUCGGCGAUGGUGUGGUGCCGGGCCGACGAGCACAUACCCACGUCCUGGGACAACGUCAACAUUGACGGUCUGGGCAACGAACGGCUCGUCCAGAACUACGCCAAGUGUCUCCUGGAGAAGGGAUCUUGUUCCACGGAAGGAACAGAGUUGAAGAAAGCGAUCCCCGAUGCUCUGAAAACCGGCUGCACAAAAUGCAGUGAUAAGCAGAAGGCAGGUGCCCAGAAAGUCAUCAAGUGGCUGGUCCAGAAGAAGCCCGAGCUCUGGAAGGAGGUUGUUGACAAAUAUGAUCCCAGCGGCGAAUACAAGAAAUACGAGAAGGAAUACCGUACGUUGGCUAACUAAUUACUCAACAAAAAACAAAGGCCAAAUCACACGGACUGCACUAUACUUCUUGAAAACUAUUAGGAUUUUUCUAUUCUGGAUAGCACGGCACCUAUAGACUUUCACAUUAUCUCUCGCAUUAUUUUUCUAGAAUAAUACCUAUUGAUUUGAUUUCCACAUCAUCUUUUCCAUUUUAUACUGGCACUUCUUGACAAUACACUACUUGUAAAUUUAACUUGUUUUGUGAUUGAUUUUCACUUCACCUAUCACAAUCUUGCACUUAGUGACAAUAGAUUAUCAGAUUGAACUUGAAUAAAAAAUAUGAGUCUGAGUGAUUUUCACUUCACCUAUUGCACAACUUGCACCAUAGAGAAACAAUAGUGUAAGUAGAUAUCCCAUGGUAUAGGACGUUUCCUGUAGCAGCUUUCACUGUUAUCUCAAGCCCAUAGUCCAUGUAGUUCCUCCUCGUGAAGCUGUGUGACGCUCGUAGUCUCCAUAUUGUGCCGUUCGCACACUCCACCCCAACAAAUUAAUAAAAAUCGACAGUAAUCAACA